GCGUGAGCGGACAAUUCAAAAGAAUUCGUCAGCAUUCCAACAGCGACUGAGAGAGUUCGUUGGAUGUGCAAGGACACAGAAUAAGGCAGCGAUGGAUGAUUACGUGAAAAUAGAGAAAAUUGGAGAAGGUACUUAUGGGGUUGUGUAUAAGGGCAGACACAAGGCCACAGGGCAGAUUGUGGCCAUGAAGAAGAUUCGUCUGGAGAGCGAGGAGGAGGGUGUUCCCAGCACCGCUGUCAGAGAGGUGUCUCUGCUCCAGGAGCUCAAACAUCCCAACGUUGUACGACUCUUGGAUGUCCUGAUGCAGGAGUCUCGUCUUUACCUCAUCUUUGAGUUCCUGUCCAUGGACCUGAAGAAGUACCUGGACUCCAUCCCCUCUGGGCAAUACAUGGACCCCAUGCUGGUCAAGAGCUACCUUUACCAGAUAUUGGAGGGAAUUUAUUUCUGCCACUGUCGUCGAGUCCUACAUCGUGACUUAAAACCCCAGAACCUUCUGAUCGACAACAAAGGAGCUAUAAAGCUGGCAGACUUCGGCUUGGCUCGUGCCUUCGGUGUUCCUGUCAGGGUCUACACACACGAGGUUGUAACGCUUUGGUAUCGGGCUCCAGAAGUCCUCCUGGGCUCCCCCAGAUAUUCAACUCCUGUGGAUAUUUGGAGCACUGGAACUAUUUUUGCUGAGCUCGCCACCAAGAAGCCCCUUUUCCAUGGAGACUCUGAAAUAGACCAGCUCUUCAGGAUUUUCAGGACUCUGGGAACCCCUAACAAUGAAGUGUGGCCUGAUGUAGAGAGUCUGCCAGAUUACAAAAACUCCUUCCCUAAAUGGAAAUCUGGCAACCUGUCAUCAUUGGUGAAAAACCUGGACAAGAACGGUCUGGACUUACUUGGGAAAAUGUUGAUUUAUAAUCCUCCAAAGAGAGUCUCAGCACGUGAGGCCAUGAAACACCCUUACUUUGAUGACCUGGACAAAUCCACCCUGCCAGCUGCCACCAUCAAGAACAUCUAGUCUGGAUUCUGACUGUUCAUAUCAACACAUCCCUGUGAAUCUGUAAAUAUGUCUGUGUGUUUGUGCGAAAAUGUUUUUCAGACAUUUAAAGUUUCAAUACUUUUUUUCAAAACCUGCAUUUUCUGUUUUGUUGUUCCCUUAAAUCUGCAGAUGUUUGAGCGGGGGCUGUAAUGAA